AUCCGAGCAACAUCGGAGCUAUGCAAGCGGCUCAACCGACCGCGAGACCGCUGACCACCAAGCCAUGUGAUGGGCCGUCUCAUCGCCGCCACCUCUGGGACGCGCGGAGCGACUGCUGGCAGCUGCGCGUCUGCGCGCUCGUGCUGAGCGUGUGCACCUUUGGCAUCUUCCUCUUCAUGGAGCUCAUGCCCGAGCCGGACGUGACUCUUCUCGCGCUCGGUACGCUCAUGGUCGCAUGGAUCGGGCCGCUGACGCUGCUUGCGGGCACGCAGUCGCCAGAAACGAAAGGCCACUUUACGUGGUGGCAGCCGUUCGAAGGCGGCUUCAGCUUUGUGUGCAUGCAAGCGUUUGGCUGGUCUAUGAUUGCGCUCUUCCUCGCGCUCUGCCUCGUCAUCUUGGCCAACUUUACGACCAUCGCGCGCUUUGAAGGGCAGUUCCUUCUCUUGGGAAUCGUCGCCUUUAUCGCGCAAGCGCUUCUGAACUUGAGCAUCGAUCAGUUUGUCGUGCCCGACGAGCGCACGCCGACGUCACUUGUCCAGCGGUCCUUCUUACCCGGCUGGUCGAAAGCGCUCGUUGCGAUUCUCGUCUCACUAUCUGGAACCAUCUUCUUUGCUGUGUACGACUCCGGUCUCUUUGCAUCUGGCGGCGUCCUCCUCCCCAUGGGCGUCGCCCAGUUCGCGCUCUCGGCCGUCCUGCUGCAUGUCUGCGUCGGCGUCCUCGAGAUGCCUGUUUUUGGCUGGAGCUUCUUUACGUGCAUGGUGGUCGCGACUGCGUGCCUCAUGUGUCUCCAGAGCCACUCGUACGGCCUCGCGCUCUGCUCCGGGCUCCUCGGGCUCGUUUCGCAAGUGCUCCUCCUGAGCUCGCUCUACUGCUUCAAGGCGUCCGAGCACCCGCGUGCGGCGUGGAGCUACAUGCAAAUUCCCGAAGAAGGGUUUCUUUCCGGUAUUUUUGCCGUCUUUGCCUGCCUCCUCACGACGCUCGUGUGCCACUCGUCGCUCUUUCCAUGCUUGUACGUGCUCGUUGACGGCAACACGCGCUUGCUCGGGAUUGUCUGUCUCCUCUUGCUCGCCGGCGCCAGCCCCGUGGCCCACUGCGGCGGCUACCGCAGCGUGCGCGGCUACAAGCUCUGGCAACCGUUUGUGGGCGACUCGAAAUUUGUGUUUCUGCAGUCGAUGGGGUGGCUCUGGUACGGCAUUUUCCUCGGCGUCUCCCUCUUGCUGCUGCUCAACGACGAUGCGUUCUUGAUGCACGUCCUGCCGCUGGCCUGCGUGACCGGGUCGAUUGCAGCGCUCGCGAUCUCGCUCUCGAUGCCGUUCUUUGAGAUCGAAGAGUCGUCGUCGCCCAUGGCCCUCUCAACAGCGUCCAUGCUCUGGACGGGCGAGUAUGAGCUCAGCCUUCUUCUCUCGUUUGCCACCAUUGGGCUCCACCUGAGCAUCGAGCUCCUCCAUCUCCACGGCCGCACCGCGUUCGUGUGCUUGGCCCUCGGCCUGAUCGCGGCCUGCGUCGCCGCUGUCACGACCCACGGCAUGGGCACGCGCCUCCAUGAAGGCUACGUCUUUUGGCAGCCGUUCUGCGGCGGCGACGCGUACGUGCUGCGCCAAGCGCUCGGGUGGACCUUCUUCUCGAUCUUUAUGCUCUUUGACUGCGUCUCGCUCGGCGCCAUGUGGAACGAGAUGCACGUCAAACCCGGCGUGCUCUUUGCACUGAGCUUGUAUAUGCUCGUGCCCCAAGUCGUGCUGGCGUCGUCGCUCACGCUCUUCGCGCCGACGACGCCGGCGCCGACCCCGUCGAUGCAACCACUGCGCGUCUCCAUGUUGGCGAGCGCCGCGCUCGACCUCGGGUCCUUCGCGCUCUUUUGCUGCGCCGAGGGCUUCAAGGACGCAGCGUGGUCCUUUGUGAGCGAAGUGCUCUUUGUGAUUGCGACCAUGGUCGCGGUGAUUGGGCUCGCGUGCACACACUGCAUCUGCGGGCCCCAGCUGGACCCGAGCUACCGCGUCUUUCAACCGCUCAUCGGGGGGCUCCGCUUCGUCGUCUACCAAGGUGUCGGGUGGACGCUGGCGGUCAUGGCGUGGGUCGCGGCGUGCACGGUCAUCUACUGGCACGCGUCGUUUCUCAAGGUCCACGGCGUGGUCGCCGCCAUUGGCAUGAUGUUUUUUGUGGCGCAAACGGUCCUGCUCGGCAGCCUUCGGUGCUUUGAGCCACCCGUGUUGACGCCGCCGCGGACGCCGCCGACGCGCCGCGUGCUACUUGAUGUGCGCAUCGAAUCCUCGUGCUUGGGACCCGUGCUCGGGUUGGUGUCGUGCGCGGCCUUUGCGGUCGUCGACCUCGUGCUCUUGCGCUGCGGCGCGACGCUGCCGGCGUUUCCGCUCACAGUGUGCGCGGCGACCGCGCUCUUUGCGUCGAUCCCGCUCACGUACCGCUUUGCGAACCGCGGGCGCAUGCUCUACCAAGUGCUCGGCUACACGCUCGGGUCGUUCACGCUGCUCUUGGCGAUCCUCUUCAGCAUCAACGUGUGGCACGACGACGCGCACCUCUGGCUAGGCGUCUCGACCGGCGCGAUGGGGUUCGCCGCACAUUUUGUCUUGCUCUUCUCGCUUUCGCCGCCGGAGCGCCUUCCGCCGCGUCUCCUGCCGCUCGCCGGCACGGGCGCCGCGCUGCUCAUGUGCGCAGUCGACAACCGCUUGUCGCUGGACGCGCUGCUCUCGGUCGUGCUCUCGCCCAUGCAUGUGCUCUACCUCGCCUGCUGCGUGCUCGUGCUUGGCGUCACCGUGUGCCUCUUGACGUGGAUGCGCAAGUCGAUGCUCUCAUCUCGGAUGCACGCGAUCGUACGACGCCGUAGCGACCGUCACGUCACGGCGCUCUGGCCACACGACGUGGUCUUGACGCUCUGCGAUUUCUUGACGUUCCAGGACCUCGCGCACUACGCGUCGACCUCGAGAGCGCACCGCGACGAGGUGUUUACGGCCGACGUCUGGCACACGCUCUUCCUUCGCCGCGCUGGCGUGACGACGAGCCGUCACGACGACGACGACGAAGCCUGGCGGCGCCUUACGCACGUGGCGUCGACUCAGCUCUUUUCGGAUACGCUCUGCGUCCGCGUCGAGCGCGUCCUCUUGCAGUGGUUUUGCGACUGGGAUGUGCCCCACGCGCGCGUCUUGCCGCCAACGCUUCGACUACCGCCAUGGACCUCGAGCGUCUGGAAGCGCAUUCUCGCCGUCGUCGACGGUGGCGGGGCCCUGUACCACUGCGAACUCUGCGCGCAAUUCGAAGUGUUGACGCCGCACCAAGCGCGCUUUGAGGUCGACUACGCGUGUGGCGAGCACCAGACGUCGUCGUGGGUGCCGGCGCUGUGCCACUGCACGCACCCGGUGACGCACGCGCGCAAGGUCGCCCACCGCCGUUGCCUCGAACGGUCGCCUCGGACGACGAUUUGCGACGUGCACGCGACCGCCGUCCUCGGGUGGCGGCCGCCGACGACGAUGCUCGAGCUCUCGCGUACGACGCGCGUCGACGCGACGUGUGUGCUCUCGUGCCUCAAAGUGCUGCUCGUGCUCGCCGCGGGACUGCAGUACGCGGGGUUUGGCUGGAAGGCGCCGGCCCUGUACCUCUGGCUCCUGCACACGACGCUGCUGAGCUCGCUCUUGCACUCGCCUCGGUUCGACGCAGUCAUUCGGCGCAUCUGGGACGACCUGUUUGCGUUCCCGCUGUACCUCAGGCUCUACUAUACGCUGUUUGCGUCGAGCUUUCUCGUGCUGCUGUGGUGCUCGCCGCUCUGGUCCAGCGCGUCGUAUGUGCUCCACCUGCUCUUCGUCCUCAACGUGUGUCUCUACGCGCUCCUCUCGGCGCUCACGCUCUUUGCCUUUUGGAAAACCCACGCGGGCGUCCGCACCGUGCUCUCGCCGCGCCCGCAGAUCGCGAGCUUGCCGCUCCGCGCGCGCUGCACGCUCUGCCGCCUGCAUCUCUGCGUGACGCCGACGCAAGUGGUCGCGACGACCGAGUAGGUUCCUCGGUCCAUCAAUGCUUACGAAGCGAGAAGACACGCGCGUUCUAUUGGUGGAGGUUGCCGCGAGGGCAUGCCAGCGUCCGAGUGAAGAAUGAACGAACGAACGAACGAUUGAUGGAUUGAUG